CAACUAUUUAGUUAAAGCCACUCACAGUAAUUCCACAAUUGACAAAAGUUAACAAAAGAAAAAAGACUCAUACCCACAAACAAUCAAGAACCCAACACUAGUAACUACUACUCCUCCAAAUCUCACAGACCCAAAUCACAAUUUCUAACAAUAACUCAAAUUUUCCAAGAAAAAAAGAUAUUUUGAUAAAUAGUGGAAAACAAAAUGAAAUCAGUGAAGGGUCAUCAAGAAGAGGAAGAAGAAGAGGAAGAUGAGAUUGGUAUGAAGAAAGAUGCCACACCUUCUAGUAGUAAUACAAAAGAAACAGAUGGGAAGAAUAAUGAUAAGGCUAGUGCAAUAAGGUCUAAGCAUUCAGUGACUGAGCAGCGUCGGAGGAGCAAGAUCAAUGAGAGAUUUCAGAUAUUGAGAGAUCUGAUACCCAAUCCCGAUCAAAAGCGAGACACUGCAUCAUUUUUGUUGGAGGUAAUUCAGUACGUACAGUAUUUACAGGAGAAGGUACAGAAGUAUGAAGGAUCAUAUCAGCCUUGGAGCUCAGAGCCUACAAAGCUUAUGCCAUGGAGAAAUAGUCAUUGGCGCAUGCAAAGUUUACCAGCACAACCACAUGUCUUGAAGAAUGGUACUGGCCCAGAAUCAACAUACCUGGGAAGCUUUGAUGAGAAUCCCGCAACUGUUACUUCUACAAUGCAACUGAAUCAGCAGAAUCCAAUGGAUCAACAGCAGGAACUAGGUAACAAGUCAAUCACAACACCCGUUCCUAUUCAGGCCGGUGUGCCAACGCCUGUGCCAAAUAAUGGUGCCUUCUCUGAGACUCAACCUAGACCAGUGUCUGAUCAAUAUCCCAACACAAUUGAUGCUCUGAAUCAUCCGGAGGAUCUGGCAAUAGAUGGAGGCAGAAUCAACAUUUCAAGUCCAUACUCGCAGGGGUUACUAAAUUCGUUGACACAAGCGCUGCAGAGUGCCGGUCUUGAUCUUUCAGAGGCUACUAUCUCAGUGCAGAUUAAUUUUGGGAAGCGGGCAAACCAAGGAAUAACCUCAGGGACAUCCGUCGUGAAGGAUAAUGAGAAUCCUCCACCCGCUGGUCAUCAACAUAUGGAUCAUUUCCGGGAAGCAAGCAAUGAUGAUGAAUUGGAGCAAGCUCAAAAGAGGAUGAAGAUAUAGAUAUACCAAUAGCAUGGCAUACCGAUCCAAUUAACUUAGUUUUGUGUUACCUUAUGCUUCAAUAGAACGUUUAUAUGUAUAUCCCAUUCGUUUCUAUCAUCCCCGAGUCAUGUUCAUAGAAAUGCAUCUUUUUUAUUA